AGACAGGCCCUUAGGGGUUAUGGUUUUGUUUCUUGUCAAGCGUUUACGUGCACAUUAUGCCCAAAAAAUCUAUAAGAAAACGCUUAACCACGAGGAAGAACAGGCCGACCUAUGGAAGAAAAAAGAGAGAGAAAGAAAAUGAACUCGCUAAUUUUUCAUGGAAACUUUUAUUGACAACAAAAAAACCCAACAAACGACCUAUUUGUAGUUGUAGAAGUUGAAGUAUCGUUGGUGAAAUGCACUCUAGAUAGCAGACGACGCGCACAGGCGCGGGCAACUUUAGUCCCCGUCCUGUUAAAAGUAUAUUUGAACUCUUGUAACUUGAUCCUAGAUUGAUGCCAUGAGUCCGAGUGAAGCUCUCUAGUUUUUCUUAUUUUGCAUUUGAUUAAAACUGUCCCAGACCCCAGGCCCUGGGAGGGCCGGGCGCAGGGUCCGGGGUAGGGUUAGGAUUCUGUUUGUUGACACACGUUCACUUUUGUUUACGUUCACAUAAUGCCCCCAAUACCUAGACGAAAACGAUUAUCCCAUAAAAAAACAGAACCCGUUAUGCCUCAGGAAAAGCAAAAAAAGCUUUUCUUCCUGCACGACGCAGCGCAAAACAGAAUGAAAUUUCAUGUUCUUUAGCCUCUACAACCUCUACUAAUAAUGAGGAAAUUAUCCAGACUUCACUUGGGAACCACCAUGGGGAUGGGGAUACUGAAUGUCCUGAACAGGAACAGAUGCCGGAAGAAAUUUAUGUAAGUCUUCCCUCAGCAUCACCACCUACUAGCCCAGUUCCGUCAAGCACCUUUAAUGGAGAAAAUGAUUGCUUAAUUUCUCCAACUACUGGUGUCUUGAGGAGUAGAAAUAACAUUUUUUUCAAUGAUGAGGUGUCUGCUGAGGAAGCACCCAUAAAAAAGUCCCUAGCCGUUCCUCUGGUUCUACUAGAUACUCCUGAAGCUAGUGCAAAUGACAAUAACAUCACAUCCUUUUCUUGUGGUGCAUUAAGAGAGAUAAGGCUGGAACCAUCCAUACCUUCCAUACCUAGCGGAACAUCCUCAUCAGGGAACUUUCCAAAUCCCCUUGUGAAGUUAAAGUUGAAGCUGACCCCAGAAAACAAUACUGAUGAAGUGUUCACUGUAUCAGAUAUGUGUCUCGUGGAUACAGUACACUCAGAAACGCCUUCCCCCACUCCUGAAGAAAUGGUCACCAAUACUCCAGAAAUACCACUCUUCAAUCAAGACAGUCCAUUUUGGGCUGUGCUGGACAGAUUGCGCCUUCAAAUGUUUAAAACAUGGGAGGUUUCAUUACCUGGAACAAAUAACUCCUUUAUUUUAAGGAAGACCGCAUCUGAGGAAUUUUGGGGUGUAGUCCAAAGAAGUGUUUCCAUAAAUGUGGAUGGAACAGUGCAAUUGGUAGUGCAUAACCAUUAUAUUGCCUUGGAUCAUCCAAUUUGGCAAGAAUUACCAUGCAGGGUGUGUCUUACCGAUCGGGAAUCAGUUAAUGACUUUGUGCAGUAUGUACUUGAGGUUGUCAAUGUCAUUCGCUGUAAUAUAGUAUGCAUGGGAAUUCCAGAGCCAGAAUGUGCCCGUCUUGCUGCAAAGAACGCUGGCUUGGUAUUUGACUGUAAUUCUUUCAAAGAAACCAGGUAUACAGUGACAUAUAGAUCAGUGAAUUGCGAAAUAUUGUUGUCAACGAAAAUCAAAGUGAAAAGAUACUGCUCUGCCUGUGCUCCAAUUAGAGGCUCAAUACUUCGACGGCUUAAAAAUAAAGAGCAAGAACCUGAGCUGAAUGCCAAUGUCAAAAAGAGAAGUAGGUCCACUCAGACUAUAGACCCUCUUCAGAAGAAUCGUGUUGUGUGGCAAGAAUGAGAGACAUUGUGUUCAAUAAUUACACUAUAAUAUGGCAGGCCACUGCAAAACACUAGCACUCCUUUUUGAAGUCAUGAACGAUUUAUGUUAUCUCCUACCAAUACCAAGUAUUUCUGUUAUUUAUGAUCACCCACCCACCCAAGCAGAAACAUCAAAAUAGGAUACUACGACUGCAGCCAAGGGUGGCAGACUUGACACUUACAGUACAACUUCAGGACCGCCGCCGGCCACAGCCCAAGUGUGGGAAAAAAGGAUCCAGGAUCUUUUAUUCAUGUGGGUUUUUUAAUUGUUACUUUCCUUGGUUAAAUGACAGACAUUUUAUUUGAAUUGUACUACAAACAGCUUUAGUUCGUAAGUUGGAUUAGACUUCUGCUGAAGUA